GUUGCGAAUUCGGGGGUUUUGAAACGCCUUGAUGUCCGCGUUACCAGUCUCGUAUCUCCGCGUCUUCACCGAGCCCAAUACUCUAACCCUGUCCUUUGGCCUGGAACAACUGAAUCUAUGACGACCUUCACGUCGCCGAUCAGCUCAAAGUUCGCACCUUCUCCGCUGGCUCGGUUGAUCCGAUCGCACAUUAUCUCUGCGGAUCCAUCCACCCUCUCAGCAGCAUCUUCCUCUACAUCCUCUUCAUCAUCAUCGGUAUCAGCAACGUCUGAAGAGCCAAUUCCCGGUCCUAUUCAUCUCACGAUCCCCAACCCGUUCGCCUCCCGCCGCAUCUCCCUUCGCACACAAUCAGACCUGCUCAAAUCCUUCCCUCCCACCUGGCUUCCUCCUUCCCGUAAAAACCCUCUGGGUGCGAAGAAGAUCACUUAUGAUCAGGAUGGAGUAGUGGUCACCUGGACGGGCGGAAACCUGAGCGAGAAGAAACAGGUGGUCAUUCCCAACAAGCAACCGAGCGGUAUCAGGCCGAGCGAUAAGAAGCUGGGUGACUUUAGGGGCAGGAAGGUCGAUCGGGUCGCUAAAGAUAGGAGGGCGGAGACGGAGGCUCGAUUGGAAGGGAUGGACAAGCGGAUAGAAGAGUGGAGACAGGUGAGUCUCGGGCUAUCGCGAGGUCCGAGUUAUGAGAUAUGGUCGACGUGGUCGCGCUGAUCGUCAUCUUCCUAUGAUAUCGAUUCAUCCGCUCCUGGUCCGGCAGGCUCGAAAAGAGGUGAAACAGAACGCCAAACCAGCCCUCCCCUUCUAGAAACCAGGCAAUAUCUCGGGACAAUCGUAAUUCCGCUUUCGGUAUGUCAAUCACUUGAAAGUCUCUUAAUCCUUCUUCCUUCUUCUUUUCGUACAUGCCGCUGUACAACAGGUACUUGAUUACUAACCCAAAGCUUGUUUCCCCUAUCUCGCAUCGUCAUACAGACCUUCACGUCGCUUCUGCUG